AGCCAUCUAGCGAGCCAGCCAGCCCCCUAUAAACACAGAUCCGAGGAAGAGAGGUGCUUGGUGCACAAGGGGCAAGUUAACGCUAAUGAGGAUCUAUUGGCAGCAUGAGUACACUGGGGGGAAGUAGGGGAGAGCGAAAUGCCAAGCCCAAGUUCUCAGCACUCGAUAUAAAUCGAAUGUACAAAAAUAGUCGUGGUGAAACGACAGAACCUUCAGCACAAAAAAACCAAGUGCCACGUAAACAUGGAAUGCAAAGUUUGGGCAAAGUGCCGUCCGCUCGGCGACCACCAGCUAAUCUACCAUCCUUAAAAGCUGAAACAACAAGUUCGCCAACUAUUGCUAAUAAUAAUACAACAACUGGUCAAGAAGGAGGCGUACAAACACCAACGUCCGGUCCAACUAAUAAUCCAUUAAAAAGUACUACAACAACAGCAACAAAAAGCAGCAGCGGCAGCAACAUCAACAGUAAUCUUACAAACAACAACAGCCACAGCAGCAGCAGCAGUAACAACAACAGUAACAGCAGCGGCAACAAUAAUAGCAACAGUAACAACAACAACAGCAGCAGCGGUACUGUUAUCGGCGGUGUUGGCAGCAAAUUAAUUCUCAACUCAACAUCUGUUGGUAAGAGUGGCGGAGGCGGCGGUAACAGCGGCGGCAAUCAAUCUCAUCACCACCACAAUCAACAAAAACCAAUAACAUGGUCUGCUGUAACGACAGGCAACGACAACCAACGAGGUGGCAAACCCACGGCCACAGUACCACCACUCUAUCAGAGUCCACAGUUUCAGCACGAAUUCCCGACAUUAGAUGGCACAGUUGGAGGCGCCGGAAGCGGUGGCAAUGUCAAUGCGAAUCGUCGCAGUGGUGGCAAUACAUCGGGCGGUGGCGAACGUGGCGUCGGCGGUGGAGAUCGUGGCGAAAAGGAUUACCAUCAUCAUCAUCAACAACAACAGCACCAUCAUCAUCAUUCGAACUCGAAUCAUCAGGAUUACCAUCAUCGUCAUCAGCGUGGCAAUGGUGGUGGAGAUUAUCAUCACGGAGAACGUGGCGGCGGAGACCGAGAACGUGGCAGCGGAGGUCGUCAUCAACGCAACGAUGCACACAAUUACAGAGAUGGCAACGAAGGAGGAGACGGUGGUGGUGGUCGUGGAAAUGGCGAGAUAUCUCGCGAAAUGAACGAAGUCAGCUUGAGACCACAAACAAAUGCUGCCGCCUGGUUGGAACAACAGGAAAAGAAUGCCAAGAGUGUGGCAGCCGACAGCCAAUCGAACCAUCAGGGCCAGGGCCCCCCGGCAAGUUCAGUUGCGAAUCCAAGCGCUGCAGUUCCAUUGCCAAUUUUGUCAUUAAUGCCGUCGUUCAUGCAGCGCGGUGUACCCCUGCCACCUAGCAGCGGUGGUGGAGGUAUAGGAGGAGUUGGUGGUGGUGGCGGCGGCAUUACAUCAAGCUCCGGUGGGCGUUCUCAGACUCCACCAAAUUAUCAAAAUGGCUUAACAAAGGACUCGUCAUCGUCGUCGGUGAACAUAAGGCCACAACCUCGCGGAAAUGCACAAGAUUAUCAUCGCUCGAAUUCGGCAGGUGUUAGCAGCGGCAGCAGUUUUCGACAGGCCACUGCUUUACCCAAACGUCCACCAUUACUAAACACUCCUCCGCCCACAAAUGGCGGUGGUGGUGGCGGCGGCAAUAAUGGCCAUCGCAAAGACAAGGAAUACAUUGUGGAACCGGAAGUGGUCCAAUUGCAACGACCCAUUAUACGCGAAGAGGACUUGGAACGGCUGAAUGCAAUUGCCAACGAUGAUAGCUGGACGAAACAGGAAGACAUUGAUUAUACCAAGAAAUUAACAUUUUCGGAUGAUGAAUCGCCCGAGGAUACCCCGACUCAAGAACGUGAUCGACCAGUAUUCAAUAAAAACAACAGUGGAAAUCUCAAUGACCAACGUAAAAACUCAAAUGCCAGUGGUACCUCGUCCACAGCUGGAACUGGCAGUGGUGGUAGUUGGCAACGAAAGGAUCGUGACAGUUUGGAAAGGGAAAAAUCUUCUAGUGGCGUUGGCGGAGGAGAGAACAUGGAAGAUACCCGACACCAAAAUGGUCAUAGACCAGGUGGUGUUGGUUCUGGCGGCAUUACCAUCGAUGCUAGUGUCUAUGAGAGAUUAAAGCAACGCAAGGAGGAAGAAGAACGCCGAGACAUGGAACGCAAACUGGCAGCAGCUCGGAAGAAACAAGAAUUGGAAAUGAAAAUCAAUAGUAAGAAGGCAACCAUCAGUGGCAGCGACUCCUCCAACUAUGACCAGUUGCCACCGGGUGGCAGUAGUGGUGGUGGAGGCGGUGGCAUGUCUACAUCAUCCACAACGGGUUCAAUAGAUGAGAAUGUUUCACGACGCAGUGGCGGAAGCUAUGAACGUUCCACUACAACUGAAAGAGAACGUGGUGGUGGCGUCGGUGGAGGAGGUGGAAGUCGUGCAGGUGGUUAUGAUUCACGAGAUAUAAGAUCAUCAACGGAGUAUUCUCGUGGUGGUGGUUCUGGUAAUACAUCCACCAUGAAUGCUGCUGGCAGUGGCCCUGGGCCUAUUGGUGGCAGUGGUACAACCAGUGGACCACCGGGAUCUAAAACUGUUUUCUCGCCACAUUUCCAAUCCAAUUUGCCACCUCGUUUCCUACGCCAACAACAAGCCGUUGGAAGUAGUAGCAGCAGUGGUGGAGGUGGUGGCGGCCUAGGAACAGGGCGUUCCACUUCCAAUGCAAACAGUGGCAGUGGAGGUUUGGAAAAAUCUUCAUCUUCCGCAAUGAAUUACGAAAGCUCACGUUAUAUGCAAAAGGGUGGAUCUGGUGGUGGUGGCGGCCCACAGCGUGGUGGUGUAGGUUCCGGACCACGUGGUGAAUAUCGCGAUAACUAUACACGAAGUGGUGGCUAUCGUUCACGUAACGACAGCGAUCGUGAUGAUGACCGCUAUCACAACCGUGGCGGUGGAGGAAACAGAGGAGGGGGAGAUGAUUAUGGUCGCAGUAGCAGCAGCAUGGCUGGCGGUCCCAACCAACUGUCCCGUAGCAUUUCCGAUACAUCUCAGCGCAAGACAAGCGUCUCCUCAAAUGACGAGUCAAUAAAGCUCAGCUUCACGGGAGAUUCAACAAAUUUCGGAAGUGGCAUUGUCUCUUCGUGGGCCGAAGAAACCGAAAUGGAAUUGAAGAGGCAGAGGGAUGAGAGCUUCUCUUCAUCGCAUAGCCAUGAUUCGAUACCGAUUAAAAUUCUACAAAGACCUCACACCCAGAAGAGUGUGUCCGAAGAAGAAAGUCCUCCACAGCAACACAAGCAACAUCGUAUCAGCGAAAGUAGCGACCAGGCGUCGACAAGUUCAUUUGCUCCCACCCAGAUAUUGCGUCGUUCCGAGUCGAUUGAACAUCAGAAAUUGGCGUCGUCGUCGUCGGAUAUGCAAACGACUAAAUUGUCCGAGAGUAAACAGUUGGAGGAGGAACAAGAGCAGAGUGCCACAGAGUCACCGGCGGCGCCAUCGGAUUCACAGAAACAAAAUGACUCCAUGAAUUCCCUGUCACCCUCGACUACGGCAACGGGAAAUGAAUCGGAUUCUCAUAGUAAGCAGCAGCAACAACAAGAGCUGGGAGAACGUAGUGGUUCCUCGGUCACUGCAGCGGCGUCGUCAGCACCCCAACCCCAACGGGAGAAACGACCUAGUCCCAGAAGUGGUGGUGGUUCAGGCGGCGGUGGUGGUAGAGACCGAGAUCGUGGUGACCGCGAUCGUGAACGAGAUAUGCGUGUCUCACAUAGCCGCACUUUUGGCGCCAGUGGCAGUUCCUAUCGUGGCAAUCGUGACAGUGGUUGGAAUCAACGUGGCGGUAACUCGAGAGGAGGAGGUGGUGGCCGUUACCAAGGUUCCGAUGACCAUUAUCUAGAUCAUGAAGAUGAUGAUAUGAUGGACGAUGGUGGCGGUGGUGGUUAUGGCAGUGGCCGGCGUUCUGAACGUAGCCCUAAAGUACCACGUAAAGAUGGCGGUGGAGGACGUGGUGGCGGCGGUGGUGAUCGCGAUCGUGACCGUGAUCGAGGUGGUCGAAAUUCGGAUCGUGAUGAACGUGGUUUUGCCCCAAGAGGUGAACCAUCUCGGCGAGGCCGAGGCGGCGGUGGAAAUAUGGGCGACCGAGGCAUAGCAUCCUCGUCGUAUAGACGUAGUAACGAUGGCCGUUCCUCUGGACAACGUCAAUAUGGUCGCCAGAGUUAUCAGGAUCAGGACCACAAGGAUAUGAAACGCACUUCGGAAUCUUCGGAAACGAACAAUUCCGAUUUGGAUAAAACCAAACAAAAUCAAAUGGCAUUAAGUGCUGGUCUAUCCUCCAAGGUUAGCAAGGACAUUAAGGAUGGUGGUGCCGAGCGUUCCACUAAUCAAACAUCCUCCACAACAAGCGGCACCUCCACGUCAAAUACGGCGACUAAACAAACAACCACACCACCCCAACAACAGCAGCAGAAAAAAUCGAAUGAAGGUGAAAAGAAACCGACAACGUCAUCAACCACACCAUCCAAACAACAGCAACAGUCGCAGACUCGAAAAGAAAGUGUGUCCAGUAACAAAACCGAUGACGAUAUCCGAACAAGCAACACCAAUCUUGAACGGGAGAAAAAAUCCGCUUCCAAGGAAAAAGACAUUCCUGCAACUGGCAGCAGCGUCACGACCAACUUGCCACCCAAUAACUCUACAGCGUCCACAAGAAGCACAAAUACAACAACAACAUCAGCAACAACAAUGAGCGCGGGAACGCAACAACAACAACAGGUAAAGAAACAAGAAAUGACAACACUGCCAACAGCUGUUGCCCAACAAGGCUCUGGUGUGGGACCAGCGGUUGCUAAUAAGUCCGCAACUCCAGCCGGCAGCCUGCAACAGCAUCAAUCAUCAAACAUAACCAAGACAUCAACCCCAACCGGUUUGGGAAGUCUUAAAUCGACAGGAUCAUCGGCUAGUAUUGCUUCGAUUGGCUCGACAACAUCGACGACCACUCAACAAAAAUCAUCCGCUACAACACAGCAGCAGCAGGACACGAAGAGUGGAAAAGCGGAAACGAACGUGCCUGCUGGACAAAAAUUGGACAAUGAAAAGAAUAAAUUGGGCUCACUGGGAUCGUCGCUCAGUAGUUUGGAUAGUAAAUCAAAUAAUUCCACCCUCCUGAUAGAUGGUGCCCCCGUCAAUACCAUCAUCUUUGAGAAUACCCAUUACAAGCAGCAGGUACAAGCGGCUCAAAUGAAGCGUUCAUCGGAGUCUUUGGUAUCGAAUGUAAAUGUAUCGGUGACGGGUGUGGACACCUUGUCCACCGCCUUGUCCCAAAUGUCAUUUGGUGGUAAUGCAGGAAAACAAACGGCGGCGACAUCUGUUGCUGGUGGUGGUGCAAGUACUGCCGCCGGUGGUGAUUCAAACAAUUCCCAAACAGUUGCUGGUGGUCCAUCCGCAGCGGAUUAUGACAAAGAAAUGAAGCUAGGCUUCUCUUUCGGUGAUGCGACAGAGUCGUAUACGACAGCCACUAAAGGCAUGGCCGCCAGUGGUGGUGUUACGGCAGACAAUGAGGCUGCUGUGAAACAGAAUAGCAGUGUUCAGCAGCAGCAACAACAACAGCAGCAGCAACAACAGCACCAGCAGCAGCAACAGCAAGUUAGUUUGCAACAGCAGCAACAACAGCAAACGCCACAGCAUCAACCGACUCAACAACAAACUCCUCAACAUCAACAACAACAGCAGCAGCAACAACAACAAAAUCUAAUCUCGGCCGCCGAUUUGAACAUGAAAAUUGCCAGUGUCAAGAAGGUUUGGGAAACGGUUCAACCCAUGACAUCGGAUCCUGCCACAAGUGUACAACAGCAACUGCAACAACAACAACAGCAGCAGCAACAACAACAGCAGUUACACCACCAACAACAACAGCAGCAACAACAACAAAUGGAACCUGUCGAUACCAGCGGCCAUAUGACAGCAGCAUCAUUUGUUGCUGCCGUCGCGGCCUCUCAACAACAACAACAGCAGCAACAUUUGCCCCACUAUGCGGUGGCAGCAGUUCACAUGCAACAACAUCAUGCAUUAUCCUCUCCCGGUGCUGGGGUACCCUCGGCAUUUGGUGCCCAUGGCUCACCCUUCGAUGCCGCCGCUCAGCUGGAACAAUUCGGUCCGGCGGCUGCCGGUAUUGUGGUGGGAGCUGGUGAUGACACUUCCGUUGUGGGUGGUUAUCCAAGUCCACAGCAGCAGCAACAGACAGUGGUACAGCAGCAACAACAACAGCAAGCUAUGAAACAUUCAUCGGAUGUGGUGAAACAACAACAACAAGUUUCAGCAGCAGCCAAACAAAUGCAACAGCAUCACUCAUCGUCGAUGGGUAUGUCACCACCACCCAAUAUGCAACAGCAGCAACAACAACAGCAACAUCAACAACAACAGCAGCAGCAACAACAACAAUCGGCAGCUCAACAACAAAUGCAUGCACCGCAACCGUUCUAUCAGGCCUCACCGCAAUUCCCCGGCAUCUCCACCAUACCAAGUCCACCGGCGGCCGCAGUCGUCUUCAAUUCAUCACAGAUGCCCCCGCCACCCUCACAGGGUGGCCUCUAUGCACCAUUCCAUUCUAUCGAUCAUUCGAACCGUUCACAAUUCUCAGCUGCGGCGGCACACAGUUUUGCCGGCCACUACGGAGCGGCAGCAGCUGCUGGCGGCCCCUUCAAUGCCUAUCCCAUGCAGACACCACCCAAUAUGGGCACAGCACCCACACCGGAAAUGUAUUCCAACCUAACAUCGCAAUUCCGCAUGGGCGGUGGUCCCUCACCAUUUGGCAAUCCGAAUUCGCAACAAUUGAACAACCCCAAUGCAGCGGCGGUCACCAUUAUCUCAUCGAAUUCCAACUCGUUAAUGUCGACAGUAGGCUCAGUUAAACCACCACCCACCUCCCAACAGCUGGGUACCAUAGGUUCGAAGGCUGGUGGUGGCGGUGGUCCUUUUGCGGCGGCUCAGCAAUAUAUGAAUCUGUACGCUACCGGCCCACCACAACAUCAAGGUGGUCCACCCGGUCCACCGCCUGGACAUCAACUGCAAUCGAAUAGUUACUAUUCAAAUUCUGCCGGUGGUCCUAGUGGUCCGGCUGCUUUCUAUGGUGGCCCACCACCACAAGGUGCCGGAGCAGGAGCACAAAAUUAUGGUCUAGCAGCGGCGGCGGCUGCUGCCAGCCUAUAUGGUCAUGCCGGUCAUCAGGGUGGACCACCGGGAUCGAAUGGACCACCUGGACCGCCACAGGGUCCACCCGGACCCCAGUCGCAACAUACAAUGAGUAAUUUCAAUACGCCGUUUAUGAAUUCACAGCUGUUGACGGCGGCGGCAAUAACACAAUAUCGUGGUGGACCGACACCGCAGCAGGCGGCAGCAGCGGCUUAUAUAAAAUCAAGCCAACAGCAAGCACAUAUGCAAGAUUCGAUGGGCCGCCAGUUGAAAAGUCCCUUGGGAGCCGAUGGCAGUUUAAAUUUAGUAAAACAUGCUCAAUCACAGCCCAGUCCACCGCAUCUGAAAAAUUAUGGCAGUUGGGAUCAAGUUAUGCAACAACAAGCUGCCGCUCAACAACAACAACAAUCUCAACAGGCUGCCGUUCAACAGAGAAUAGCUGGCGGCGGUCCCGGAGCCAACAAUCAAAAUAUGAAUCCUAAUAAUCGUGGUGGCGGUGCUGUUGGUGGACCUCCGCCCGGUGCGCAAGGUUCACAGCCCGGACGUUAUCCCACACCCAUACAGCGGCCCACAAAUUAUCCACAACAUCCGCAAGGACCCCAGAGUCAACAGCAACAAGUGCAGCAGCAGCAACAACAAGCCCAACAACAGCAACAACAGGUUCAACGUGGCCAACAGCCACAAAAUCUGCGGCAAGGCGGCGGUAACAAUGGUGGUGGUCCACAGGGCGGCCCUGGUGGUCCCCAAGCUGGAGCCCAGGUGGGAGGAGCUCCUGGUAAUGGAGGUGGCCCUGGUGGUCCCGGCGGCAAUAAUCAAGGAGGUGGCGGUGGCAACCAAAAUCCACAAGUUGCCAAUCAACCUCAACAAAUGAAUAAACCCUAUUAUGCGAACAAUGCGGCCAAUGCUGGCCCAAAUCGAGCUAAUCACAAUUAAAACCCCAACAUACCAACCACAAAAG